UUUUCCUUGCUGCAGGUUCAUGUCAGUUGAGGCAUAGAAAUAAGCUGAAGUUUUGACAUAAUAGAACACUUGCAUGCCCCAAUCAUGUCACAUGAUGGUGAGAGUGCGAACUUCACAGAUGCACAGCAGGAGCUGAAUUCUUUUUGGGGGAAAGCUGCCGAUGAGAUCCGUAGUUUGGGAACUGAGGACUUCAAGACCUCAGUUCUCCCCCUAGCUCGAAUAAAGAAGAUCAUGAAACUUGAUGAGGAUGUGAAAAUGAUCAGUGCUGAAGCACCAGUGCUGUUUGCCAAGGCUGCAGAAAUCUUCAUCCAUGAACUGACCUUGAGAGCCUGGGUCCACACAGAAGACAACAAGAGACGUACCCUGCAGCGGAAUGACAUUGCCAUGGCUAUCACAAAAUUUGAUCAAUUUGACUUCCUUAUAGACAUUGUUCCACGAGAUGAACUGAAGCAGCCUAAGAGGGAAGACCAAAGGAACACUGGCCUUACUACUGACACUGUAUGUUUUGUCAUGGAUUCA